AACUAGUGAGCCAAUGACAGUAUAUACACAAACAAACACAGCUGAUUCUUCUGCAAAAAUUAUAUCAAACAAUAUACACUUAAUAAAGUUAUUUUUUCACUAUGACAGUCUGAUUAUGAAACAGAGCAGAAGAACACAACACUUUAAUACCAUAGAAUCUAUAUCAGGUUUCAGGCUGCAUUUAACGUAUCUAUUUUACAAUUGCCUGGCUGGAAGGUAUUUCUAUUUCAUUGGAUGGAUGCUGGUGAGUUUUAGUUGGAUGCUCACUCCUCUACUGGUAUUAUUUUAGUUAAAGUCAUAAAGACAUCAAAGCCUCUCGUGUGAACCAAAACUCUACUGUGGCUUUUAUGUCUUCACAAAGGUUUUGAGUUUUAUAAUGUCAUGUGGCUUAAAUGUGAAUAAAGUAACUGUAUCGCAAAUGAAGCAUCACCAUCUUCUUUUCUUCAAAUGGAUGGAUGUGAGUUAAUAUUUUCCAAGUAGACAAAAGCUACUAUUAAACAUUUUCAUCUAUAUUGGUUCUUUAAAUUUACAAAUUCACCGUGGUUACAUUUCUAACCCUAGUAGCAGAUAUUAGCAUGGAAAAAAACUUCAGUUUUGACCCUCUGUUCGAGGAAAAGUGGAAACCGUCUACUUACUUCAGCGAUGAUCCGUACCAGUUAACAGAGUUUGAAAAAAUCCUAAGAACCAUGGUUGUGAAAAAACCUCCACCAGUCAAGAGGUGCUGGAGAAGGACUGAGCACAAAGACCUAGAUGUAGCCUUGAAUCAGCAGGAUUACCUGGAUGAUACCGAUGACCCAGAAUUGUGCAGAUCAACGCAGCUGGAGCAAACCAGUGCCCCGUCAUUGGGAAAGGUUUUCCAAGAGCCUAACACAAGACGAAAAAAAAGAAAAGGCAAAGCUUUGGUCUUCAAAAUGGAACCAGAAGAAAAUACAGAGGGAGAUCCAGAGUCAGAGCCAGAACCUGAGCCAGAUCCAGAGGCAGAGUUGGAAUCAGAGCCAGAACUACAAACAGAGCCAGAACCUGAGCCACUGCAGCAGUAUGACAUGCUUGAACCAUGUGCCACUUCCUUUAGGAAGCCCAAAAAAGUACAAAAGCGAAACAUGUUUCUUUUUCCUGAUCCAAGGUUUACAGAAGGACUUAAUCAUUUAGAGCUACAGCAUCUGUCACACAAUGACAUCUACUCAUCAUUGAUGGAAAGGCCCGCCAAUGUAGCAAACUGUUGGCAGCAGGGCAACCCUUGGUUCAAAACAACACACAGAGGAAAAGAAGGUCUCGAGCAACAUCUGGGACCAGACCCUUACAUUCACUGGUACAAAGCCAGAGUUCAGAAAAUCAGGAUGAAGAGGAGAGUGCGACUUUCAAGAGUAGAACGUCAAGCACAUGAACAAUUUGUAGACUCGCACAGGGGAACUGUUACAUCACCCACAGCUCAAGCAUGUUCAAAAGUAGAGAUGUCUAAAGAUAGGACUUUUCUGUCUCUGCAGCAGGAAGAGAUGGAACUAUCGUACAGAGCACCAGAUGAAGAACAGCAAGAAUCAGAACAACUUAGGUCUCUGGGUAAAACAACGAGGAAAAUGACGCAUAAAACAUUGUCACCUCCAAGACCAAAUCCUUCUGUACCUGUGCAGUGUGCAGAGACGUCAAAAAGAAAUGUCCUAAUACCAGAGAACUGGAAAUCUACAGGGAAAUCUGUGCAUCAGUCAGUUCUGUCAGUCCAGAAGGAUGACCUGAAAGUAACAUGCUCGAAAUUGUUUGAGAAGCCUAAAAAAGCACUAAACCCUUGGCGGGAAGGCAACCCUUGGUCCAGGGCAGAAAACGACGACGAAAAUUUAGGGUUGUCUUUAAACAGGUUCAAGGAUAAAGGGCAGAAAAAAAGAAUGCAGAAGAGGAUGUCACCUCCAAAACUAGAGCCUCUAGCAAGAGUUCAAUCAGUGGAGUCAACGGAGGACAGUUGGCAGUCUCCAGCUCUUGUGAAGGCAGAGACACCUGAGGUCCAAACCUUCAUAUUACUGCAGCAGAACGGCCUGGAUCAAAAAUGCUUUUCUUCAACUGAGAAACCCAAAAACCUAGGAAACAAAGAGAAUGAGCCAGAGCCAGAGCCAGAGCUAUAUAAAAGUAAAGUACAGAAGAAAAGAAUGCAAAAGAGAGUGUCACCUCCAAGACCAGAACCUUUCACAUUUGUACAGUCUACAAAGACGCUGGACAAGACUGACAUGUUUGCAGUUUCACCAAAGACCUGUCAAUCUGUACCUUUGAAGGCAGAGAAACUGGAAGAUCAGACGGUACUACGACUGCAGCAGGAUCGCCUGGAUGAUUCUCUGAUAGAGAAGCCUAAAAAAGGACUAAACCCUUGGCGGGAAGGCAACCCUUGGUCCAGGGCAGCAAACAACGAUGAGCAAGAGACAGAAUCCUACGUAAACAGGUUCAAAAAUAAAGUACAGAAGAAAACAAUGCAGAAAAGGGCGUCACCUGCACGGCCAGAACCUACUGCAUCUGUAAACUCAACAGGAAAGACUACCUCGUCACCAAAGACUUGUUCCUCUCCAGCUAUUGUAGAACAAUCCAGAUGCCAGUGGGAGCAGGACAAACCCUGCAUAAUGGAUGAAAAAGUCCAAGAAAGCUCCAGGAUGAAAGCCACAUUUCUUAACAAGAGAAGAAGAGGGAGGAGGGAUACCACCAACAGAGUGAGAUGUCCACCAAUCUAGAGUCUUAAAAAAAAAAAAGUUUGGGAAGAAAGUGUAGCCAAAAAAAAAGAAGUAGCUGCUUUACAAAACUCUCUUCUUCUCAAAUAGUUACAGCCAAGACUUAGCGUAGCUUCUUAGCUAAUCUUCUAAGCUCAACUUUAGCAAAUAUUUGAAUGUAUUAGUAUUAUUUUAUAAACAUCCACAUAUGUAAAAUACUUGAAUCUCCCAUUAAAAUUAUCCAAUGUGUUGGUAAGGGUUUAUUUGUCUCUGUAUUACAGACAUGGGCAAACUAAGGCCUGGGGGCCGGAUCCGGCCCAUUCAGCUUUUUAAUCAGGCCUUCAAACUUUUCCAAAUUAUAUAAUUUAUUUAUAUUAUCAUUAUACUUCUGCCUUUUCCCUGCUUAUUAUGACUUUUAUUAUUUAUUUUAAUUCACACCAACGAUUCAUCUAUCUGGUAGAUAACAUCAUCUAUCUCCUGACCCGGCCCUCCUGUUCAAUUUUAGGACAAGUGUGGCUCACCUAGUCAAUAGUUUGCCCACAACAGUCUUUUUUUUAUUGCCAGCUUUUAGGCAAUAAAAAAAAUGAGUAACUAAAAGAGUUUAUACUUUGGUACUUAUUUUUUAUUUUAUAAUUUUUUUCACUUUUUUAACACUUUCUUGAAGGUGUCCAUUUUUGGUUCAUCAAAGUUUGUAAAUCUCCCACCCACCACACCCCCAUCCACAAGAAAAUGUGCAUUUUGGUUCACAGACACAGAAGCUGCUGCUUAUUUGGUGAGAUUGUGUUACUGAGGACAAUCUGGAUGAAACAUUUUUAAAAUCCAUGUAAUGAAGUAUAACAUAUUUGAAAUGAUGGAGGCAGCAGAGAGUCAACUGUGAGUUAUGACCAAAAGUUGGUAACUUCUCCAAUGGGGUUUGGUACGAUUAACAAAGGAAAACUAUUGAAGGUGGAACUAAAACCCUCAGACAACUUUGACAUGACAGUCACUGAUGUCAUUAAAUAUUUCAUAGUGGCUUUGAUGUAUCAGCAUUGCAAUACAAAUGCCUGUGAGAUAUCAUGAAACAACAGAAACUCACAGGACUGUAUGAAGACUCGUCUUAGGUUGAUAAUGAUAUCUGUAUCGCUUUAUGGAUACGAAAGUAAAGAAGCAGAGAUGCAACACUAUGGAUGUCAAGGCAGAACUAGUUGAUGAGAACGAUAAUUGUUGUCCAUGCAAUAUAAAAAAAUCAGGGAGGAACCAUCAUCCAUAAAGAAGAAGAAUCCAGGGGGCAGUAAAACAGUGGCCUAAAUGUAACUGAGAGAACAAAAGAAAAUGGAGAUAACAGGUAACACAAGAGUCCAUAAGGAAGAGUAAAUCAGAGUGAAGCAGCAGUGCAAUAUUACAAAUGCCAUCUGCCUUAAACAUAUACCAACAACACAAGUUAGGUCUUAGAAAUCUCAUCAUGGACAAGAACCUCCGUUUCGACCGUCUCUUCGAGGAGGAAUGGAAACCUUCAAGUUACUUCAACCAGGACCCAUACCAGUUGAAGGAGUUUGAAAAAAUUCUCAGAACGAUGGUUGUGAAAAAACCACCACCAGUUAGAGACCGUUGGAGAAGAGUUGAGCCCAAAGAAGUGGAUGAGGCCUUUGACCAGCAGGAGUACCUAGAUGAGCCAGACUUGUGCAAGCCAUUGGCACCUGAGCAAAGAAGAACAAGGACGCUUGCCAAA